AUGGCUUUCACCGUGUUCAUUAAAGAAAAAGUAGAUGUACUUGUGAUGGAAGUUGGUAUUGGUGGACAGAACGACUGCACGAAUGUCAUUCGAUCCCCAAUUGUAUGUGGAGUUACUUCACUUGGAUUAGAACACACUGAUAAGCUAGGCAACACGAUAGAGAAAAUAGCGUGGCAUAAAGCGGGGAUUUUUAAGAAGGGAGUUCCCGCUCUGACUGUCAGUCAGCCACCAGAAGCCGACGCCGUUCUCUUAGAGCGAUCACAGGAGAUUGGGGCACCUCUGUACCGAGUCCCAACCCUACACGAGUUCUGUACCGCGGGUCAACAGAUACGCUUGGGUAUCGAGGGAAACGUUCAGUUCGUGAACGCAGGACUCGCUCUACAGCUGUGUCGGGUAUUUCUACACAGAACCAACAAAGAAAAUCAGUAUGUCUAUGAUGUUUUGUCUGUACCCAGUGUGAAGGACAUUCCUCUGUUACCUGUCUUUCAACUCAGCCCUGACGAAACUGAAG